CUAACACCUUUUCCCCUUACUAACCCCAGUAACAAUAGAGUUGUAAACUACUCACUUUCAGCAUAUUGCUGAUACAAAAUAUACCUAAUUAUUCUCAUCUUUGCUAUCAAAGGCUUUUCAAGCGUUGAAGUUGAGGAAGAGUUUAUUGUUGCUGAUGAAAAACCGUUUCUAGAAAUUGAAUCCAAAUUCUGGGCAAAGAAAUGCUUUUUGGUAUCAUCAAAUUCUAUAUUGGAAUACAUCGGCAAGUCUUCAAUGGAUCCAAUGGUAGAUAUGGGGUAUUUUUUGACUAGUAAUGCUGUGUCUUUGACUUCACUAGAAUAUUAAUUUGAUCCUAUCGUACGUCUUCUUUUCCAAAUUUCUAAGGAUCUAACAAUGAAGGAGUCAGACCCAAAAAAUAUAUGUGUAGGAUCGAUGGAGCCGUUUCUAGAAAACAUAAAAAGAAUCGAAGAUGAUGUUCAUAAAGAUGACAAGAUACCAGGAGAAGCUGUGAAAAAAAUUAAAGGCUAUAUUAGUCAAAGCUUUGUGCUAAUAAGCGAACAAAGCAAACUUCUGAUAGAGCGUGCGGAUACAGCUGAAUCAAGCCGAGCCAACAUUGACGAGGAUAGAUACACCAAAGAUGAUAUUUUAUUUAUUGAAUCUAAAAGCAAAGCUGGGAAAAAUAGAAAUUGGAAGCAUAUAUACGAUGAAGGAAAAGCACACGGACUUUUCAAAUCAUAUUCAUCUUCACACAACCUAAAGACAUCUUACUACCAUUUACAAAAACGAAAGAAACAAUAAAAUAUUUUAUUUUUUACUUUUCUUUAACAUUAUUCUUUGCUUCGCAAGUUAAGUAAAUA